AUGAAUCAUGACAGCGCGCGUGUUGAGGCGCGGAGAGGGGCGUGCCUGAGCGCUGACCCACCGAGCCCUGAGCGAAGCCGCCCUGAGCUAAAGUUCGGAACCCGGGCGAGCGGCGCCCAAAUCGAAAAAAAAACAAGCUUCGUUCGCGCGCGCGCGCUCGAUUUGGCGAUUUGGCGAUUUGGCGAUUUCCUCUGCCUAUCGCCGGGUGCGGUUGUGGCCAACUUUGGGCCAAUUUGGGCAGGCGCUGACACUGGCGUUUGGACCAACUCGCUGCAAAUUCCGCUCCGAAGCUCCGACCGCUCUCCGCCGCGAUUUGCCGCGCGUUUGGGUGCGAAUCCCUCUGCCAAACGGCUGCAGCGGCGCCGCUCAGAACUCGCUCGGUCGUCUGCUCGUCUGCCCGUCUGCCCGUCUGCCCGCUUGGGUUCGGCUCGGCUUGGCCUCCGUUCCGCACUGCCGCUCGUGUUGGCGUCGUCGUCGACAGCUUUCUUUUUCGCCAAGACCAACCAUCCAUCCGCACUCCCACCAUCGCAUCUUCGCUUCGCAACGCAUCGCUCACAUGCGCUGCCCUCGUCACGCUCCUUAGCAAUCUCGCCCGCCAUCAUGUCCAAUCAUCCCGCUUGGCACGACCAGCAGCCACAGUACCCACCCCCUCCACCGCAACCAACGCGACAUCACUCGGGCAUGGAUGCCUACCAAGGACCAUCGCCCUCGGCCUCUACACAGCAGCCAUCACCGUACAACAGCGCGCCCCAACACACUGCAUCCUAUCCGCACGCGCAUCUUCCACCCCCAGCAGCCAGACAUACCCCGCAGCAGCAGCAGCAGCAGCAGCAGCAUCCACAACAACCGCAAUGGGCGUCCGGCACGAGUCAAGACUUUGGCGGUCCUAGCCCCGCCAACUCGGCGCCGCGUUCCAACAGCGGAUACACAGGCUUCGACCCUCCGUCCGCGUCCAACAACAGCCCGAUGCGCCAACAUGGAGGCUCGCACAGCUCCGCUUAUACCUCACACUCGCCCUACGCACCCUCACAGUCGCACGCUCCCGACGCCGCCAUGCAUCCCCAGCGCUCCUCCAUGCCCUCGCACUACGACUACCAAAACAAUUAUCCGCAUCCGCACCAUCCGCAAAACCCACAGAUGCCACCACAACACCAUCCGCAUCCGCAUCCGCAUCCGUCUCAACAACAACACCACCAACAGGCGCACUGGAACACUGGCCCGCUCCCUUCGGUGCUUCAGCCCCAGUCCGCACCGCUCUCUUCAACGCCCAGCAGCAAUCGUGGGCCCAGCGCUCCGCCGCCUCCGCAGCACCACACCAUGGACCGUGCCUACCCCAACAUCAAGCACGACGACGACAUGGACGACGACGACACUGGCAACUACGACGACUUUGACCCCAAGGGCAAGGCGCGCGCCGCUGCCGAUGCCACGCAGGCCGCCAACAAGGGCACCAGCGAUUUCGUCAAGAAGCUCUUCAGCAUGCUCGACGACAAGGCGUACGACAGUGUCGUCGCCUGGUCGCCAUCCGGCGAGAGCUUCAUCGUCAAGGACAUGAACGACUUUACAAAACACGUCCUCCCGCGCAACUUUCGCCACUCCAACUUUGCCAGCUUCGUGCGCCAGCUCAACAAGUACGACUUCCACAAGGUCAAGAAUCCCGAGGACGGCGCCGCCACCGUCGGCGAGCACGUGUGGGAGUUUCAGCAUCCGGACUUUGUGCGUGGCCGCGACGACCUGCUCGAAAACGUCAAACGCAAGAUCCCCGCAAAGAAGAAGCCCGCCAAGCCCGGCCUGGUCGAUGCCGACCGCGACGACAGCCCCGCCAUGCCCGCGCACGUGCAGAUGGAAGCACCGGAACGGGCAGAGUCGAAUGCAGAACUCAGGGCGCAGGUGGCCCAUCUCACCGCCGCGCAGGACCAGAUGCAGAACCACAUCCUCGCACUCACAAAACAGUACCAGGGCGUCAUCGGCGAAAUGCUCACCUUCCAGCGCAACAUGAUCCAGCAGGACCAGCUCAUGCAGAACCUCAUCCAGUACCUCAUCAACCUCGACCAGGACCGCCGCGUGGAUGGCGCACCCGCCCCACCCUCCGCAUCCAGCUUCCUCGCCCACAUGGGCGCCAAUCAGGGCUUCCUCGCCACACCCGCUCCCGCCAGUGCGGGCCCGCAUACGGUGGGGGUGCCCGCGCCCGUGAGCGGUGCCGACGCUGGGCCAUCCAGCCAUGCUGGGGCGGCGCCGCCGCUGUCGCCCAAGAGCGUCGCGUCUCCGCUCGACGCCACAGGCAGCACGCCCGAGAUCUCGGCGCAGCUGGCGUCGCUGCGAGAGAGCAAUCCGCUGGCGCCCAUGAUGCUGCAUCCGCCCCACCUCGAUGCGGACCCGGCCGAUAGCUCGUUGGUGAAUGCAGCGGCGAGCGCGGCGCGCAACCCGAGUCUGUCGUCGUUCGAAAAGGCGGGUCUGCGCGUGUUUACCGUGGGAACGCUGCAGCCGCGCGACUCGCCUGGCGAUCCCACACCCGCCCCGCCACAGGAGCUUGCGCCGGCCGGGCUGCGCAACGGGUCGGCGGGGUCGUCGUUCGACGUGCAUGCCAAUGGCAAAGGCAAGGAGGCUGCUGACGACAAGAAGCGCACGCCUACGCCCGGCGAGGGUCACCCGAGCAAGCAUCUGCGCGUGCGCCGAUCCACACUGGUUCCCGGCUGGGCGGUGCCCCCGCGUGUCCUGCUGGUGGAUGAUGACGAGGUGUGUCGGCGUCUCUCGAGCAAGUUCCUGCAGGUGUUCGGGUGCAGUAUCGACUAUGCGGUGGAUGGCAUGUCGGCGGUGAACAAGAUGAAUCUCGAAAAGUACGAUCUGGUGCUUAUGGACAUUGUCAUGCCCAACCUCGACGGCAUGUCGGCGACGUCGUUGAUCCGACAGUUUGAUCCGCGCACGCCCAUCAUCAGCAUGACGAGCAACAGUGGGCCUUCGGAGCUGGUCAACUACAUGUCGAGCGGUAUGACGGAUAUCCUGCCCAAGCCGUUUACCAAGGAGGGGCUGUUGAAUAUGCUCGAGAAGCAUCUGUUGCAUCUCAAGGCGGCGAGGGGUACGGGGCAGGAAGGGCCCAAGGGUGUUUCACCUGCGCCGGCGGCGACGCCCAGUGGGACAGCGCAGACGGGUGCGGAUGAUGGGACGCUUAACCCGUUGGCGGGGAUGGGCUUUACGGAUGAAGAGUACGUCGCCAUGCUGCAGAACUUGAUCGCUGCGGGUACUCAGGAUGACGAGGCGUUUGGCAUCGACCUCAAGGACGGCAAGAGGAUGGCAGACGAGAGUGGCGGCGAGAACAAGAGACAGCGCUUUGUCGAUUCGUAG